AGAUGGCGCCAGCGGCACUUCUCUUACUUCAAAAAUCUGGGAAUCCCCGGUCCCGAACCCAGUCUGCUGUGGGGAAACAUCCGCGAGUAUCACGAAACGCACCAUUACAAGGUGAUUGGCAAGUGGUUGGAAAAGUACGGCGACACGUUUGGAUUUUACGACGGAGAUGUGCCUUUUAUCGUGACAAUAGACUUGGACUUCUUGGAAUAUGUCUUAGUUCGCAACUUCCAAAACUUCACGGAUCGCGGGGAUGAGUUGGUGAUGGAGCAGAAACACCCGCUUUUGCGCAACGCUAUAGUCUACGCUGAAGGCGCCCAAUGGAGAAAUAUGCGGCGAUGCGUAGCCUCCGGCUUUACACCCGCAAAGCUGAAGCAGAUGUUGGCAGAUCUUAAUAAAGGCGCGGCUAUUUACCUGGACAUCGUCGGAGAGCAUGCUGACACCGGCCGUGAAGCGAAUGUUUUCGAGCUUUACCAAAAGCUAACCAUGGACUACGUGGGUCGCGCAGCAUUCGGCGUCGACUGCAGCUUCCAGAAAGGACCCGAGAAUGCCCUCGCCGCUACCACAAAGGUUAUACUUCGGAGCAUCAUGAAGGGGCCCUUCCACUUUCUUUGCCGUAAGUGCAGAAUGCGUAGCAUUCGUGCGAUAACUCUGUGUCGGGCUGUACGGUGACAGCCCGACACAGAG